AAGCAUUGAUAUCAAGACCUUACAAAAUCCAAAGAAGAUUCCAUUAAAUUCUAUCUUCAUUGAACAAAUUUCGAAUAUUCCUGUUGAUGUAGAUCUUACUCCUGGCUCCGUAGCUCACCUAGCUUCUUUAUUUGAUAUAAAAGAAAGUUUACCGGAAACAGAAGUAAGUGGAUUAUCUGAAAAGGUUUCUGAUGAAACAAAUAUAAACAUACCACCUAUAAACAAAGAUACAUCCAACGAAUCCCGACUUCCGAUUUCAAUUUUACCAGAUGAUCCAGAAAAAAAUGGAAUCAUGUUAUUAAAAUGGUAUUGGACCGAUUUCCUUGUCUAUCAUUAA